AUGAAGCCCUUCUUUAAGGCCCUUGCUGGCCCGGAUGUAGCCGUCUCAUCGCGAUCUUACGAGAUGGGCAUUUCCUGCGUUUUCGGAGCGCCUCCCCCUGCCGGGAGUGUGAGAUUUGAACGAAUGGGAAACAUACUGAGAAAAAGCGAAGCCCUGCACUACGUUCUACAGCUCAACAGCGCGUCUGAAUACGCGCUUUUGAGCUGCAAAGACUUGGAGCUUGCUAGUGUGGAAGUGGGAAAACAGGAUGCCUCCCCAGACCGCACAUUUAUGACAUUCCAUACUGCUUCUGGUCGAGGCUCACUGCAACAGUACACUCAUUAA